AAAUUCCGGUCUGAUUACAAGAUGGCUGCGCCCAGUAGCGGAUUCCAACCUCGUGAGCGGCGCGAUGGCGAGCAGGAGCAGGACUGGGAUGCUGUGCCGCCCAAGCGUCCCCGACUCGGGGCGGGGAGCAAGACUGGAGGCUGCAGGCUCAUUGUGGUGCUGGAAGGGGCCAGUCUGGAGACAGUCAAGGUAGGGAAGACAUAUGAGCUACUAAACUGCGACAAGCACAAAUCCAUGUUGUUGAAGAAUGGACGGGACCCUGGGGAAGUGAGACCAGACAUAGCUCACCAGAGUUUACUGAUGCUGAUGGACAGUCCCCUGAACCGAGCUGGCUUGCUGCAGGUUUAUAUCCACACCCAGAAGAAUGUGCUGAUCGAAGUGAACCCCCAGACUCGGAUUCCCAGAACUUUUGAUCGCUUCUGUGGCCUUAUGGUUCAACUUUUACACAAACUCAGUGUUCGAGCAGCUGAUGGCCCCCAGAAGCUGUUGAAGGUAAUUAAGAAUCCAGUGUCUGAUCACUUUCCAGUUGGAUGUAUGAAAAUUGGCACUUCCUUUUCCAUCCCAGUUGUUAGUGAUGUGCGAGAGCUGGUGCCCAGAAGUGACCCUAUUGUUUUUGUGGUGGGGGCCUUUGCCCAUGGCAAGGUCAGUGUGGAGUAUACAGAGAAGAUGGUUUCCAUUAGCAACUACCCCCUUUCUGCUGCCCUCACCUGUGCAAAACUGACCACAGCUUUUGAAGAAGUAUGGGGGGUCAUCUGACAGUCUGGGACUCUUGUUCAAAACACAAAGACUGUUGACAUUCCUUGCCUCUGUUCUGAGUGUUGGGUGAUGAUGUCCUUCCUGCAUCAAGACUGUGGACUUGGGGAAGCCAGGGCUGUAUAUUUGUUGUUAGUUUAUUCUAUAAAUAGUUUU